AUGAAGAGAAGGUAUUGUCCUGUUGUUUUACGCUCUCUCCUUGGAGUAUCAUCAUCAUCUCGUAGUGGAAAAGGCUUGAAUUCAAUCAAUUUUUCCUCAACUUUGCAAGCCAAUCUAACAAAAAACAUUUCGAAUGGAAUGUUAUGUUCCGAGAAUUUUCAUCAUCAUCAUCAUCACGGAAGAAGUAUUGGCUUGGAUUAUAUUAAAACAGCUUUUAAAGCUUUUUCAAAGAGUGAAACUGUAAAUUCGGAACCAAAGACUGCUAGUAGUGAAAAACAAAUUCAAAACGAGUCAUCUACAAGUACAACAAUAAUUGAUUCCGAAUUUUCCAAGGAUAAAGAAUACAAGAAAUUGGAAUCCAUGGAAAAGAAGAGAAGAUUUGAGAAUAUUAUUAAUUAUUACGUGUUANAUUGCAAGAAAAAGCCACUUGCUAAUCCAGAUAGAGAUUUUGCUCUCUACAAAUUCUUUUUGAAUGCCUUUUCAAUGAUUAGACAGGCUCACAGUGCUUUGGAUU